UGGCAGGGCUCGGCCACUUGGGAUGUGCGUCGGGUGUCCUCGAGGAGCUUUGGGUCAGCGAGGGUGUCUCAUAUCUGCACAAGAACGAUCCAACCAUGUCGGACGCGGUGGUUAGUUUCAUAAAGGACUUUUUGGCCGGCGGCAUCGCCGCUGCCAUCUCCAAGACAGCUGUUGCUCCGAUUGAGAGAGUGAAGCUGUUGCUGCAGGUCCAGCAUGCCAGCAGACAGAUCACUGCAGAGAUGCAGUACAAGGGAAUCAUGGACUGUGUGGUAAGGAUCCCGAAGGAACAGGGCUUUAUUUCCUUUUGGAGAGGCAACCUGGCCAACGUGAUUCGUUACUUCCCCACCCAAGCCCUCAACUUUGCCUUCAAAGACAAGUACAAGAAGAUCUUCCUCGGCGGCGUGGAUCAAAAAACACAGUUCUGGCGUUACUUCGCCGGUAAUCUCGCAUCUGGCGGUGCGGCCGGGGCGACCUCGCUCUGCUUCGUCUAUCCUCUAGACUUCGCCAGGACCAGACUGGCUGCCGACAUCGGUAAGGGCGCCGCCGGGAGGGAGUUCAGCGGUCUUGGAAACUGCCUCAGCACUAUCUACAAAACCGAUGGCCUCAAGGGUCUUUACCUGGGAUUCAACGUGUCGGUGCAGGGUAUAAUCAUCUACAGGGCGGCCUACUUCGGAUGCUUCGACACGGCCAAAGGUAUGCUGCCAGAUCCCAAGAACACGCACAUCUUCAUCACCUGGAUGAUUGCCCAGACUGUCACCGCUGCAGCCGGUAUUGUCUCGUACCCCUUCGACACCGUCAGACGUCGUAUGAUGAUGCAGUCUGGACGCAAAGGAGCCGACAUCAUGUACAAGGGCACCAUCGACUGCUGGAAGAAGAUCCUCAAGGACGAAGGGGGGAAAGCCUUCUUCAAGGGUGCCUGGUCCAACGUGAUCAGAGGCAUGGGCGGCGCCUUUGUGUUGGUGCUGUACGACGAGAUCAAGAAGUACACAUAAACUUUGUGAUCUCCCUAGUGCACAAGGAAAGCCUUCACUUGUUUAAGUCUUAAUUCUUGUGAUAGAAUGAUAAGCGUGUAGUGGAUUACAAUCCAGGCAUGUAGUGUACAGGUAUACCUGAUAUGGGUGCACAUGCCUCCUCAGAAAUCUGUAUAUAUCCACGAUGCACAAACAGUUUCUUCUGUGUGUCGCAGUCAAGCCGGUGUUUCAGUGGAGAUAUUGUGAUGGUUUGAGGUAUGACGUCACCACCCGUCAUACGUCAGUCAGUUGGUCCAUGUUUCAUUAUCCUGUGACUGCUCUGAGCCAUGUAUUCCACCUAACACAUUAUUUUAUUAAGAAUAAAGAUGUAUCAGUCUAAUA